AUGCCGAAUCCGCACGACGAUAUCCUCAUGCUAUCGCCUGCCGCAGAGCCUACCAUCGCCGACUGCCCGUCGUGUCCGUCUGAAGACCUUCACCAGCAGGAUCAAGAGAGCGACAGCGCCGACUGUCCUGCCCCUCUUGAAGCGCAUCUCGGUGGCCCAAGUACUCCACCCCUGCAACAGCCAACACCGCCCGCUGAGGAUGAUCGAAGUCCGCGGGUCGCGCAUAUCAAGCGGUUCAAGACCGAUGGAGACAGGCCAAUGAGAGAUACUCCAAGUCCAAGCGCAUCGGAAGGGUCGUCGGAUUCUUGUAUACGAGCAUGGCAGGCUCAAACCGCCUCAGCUUCUGUCUACCACCCCGGGCUUUUGGAGUCGCCCAUAUCUCGACGGCAUAGAUUUCAACCCAAUUCUACUUCAUCCUUCCUACGACCCGGUAGCAAGUUCCAUGGCACACAGCAGUCCGAUCGCCAAGUCUACGAUGUGCAAGUCGAAAUCAAAUACGUGGACAUGGCCGAGUCCUUCCUUUGCGGAUACCUGCGCAUUCAAGGCCUCACCGACGAUCACCCAACCCUCACAACAUAUUUUGAAGGCGAGAUAAUCGGAACGAAGUACACCUUCCAGACCAAGCAUCCAGAAUGGGGUUCCAACGAGAAGGUGGACAUGCAACACUGGGGCCGCUUUCCCGCGUGGCGGCCCCUCGCAAAGCAAGCCAAGCGACCUGAUUUCAGCUAUAAGAACUUUGCUCAGCGGGAAAACAUUUUCAUGAGAUGGAAGGAGUAUUUCCUGGUGCCCGACCAUCGGGUGCGGACCAUCUCCGGCGCCAGUUUUGAGGGCUUCUAUUACAUCUGCUUCAACCAGGUUUCGGGCACUGUUAGCGGCAUCUACUUUCACGCGAAAAGUGAAAAGUUCCAGCAACUUGAGCUGAGUCAUGUCGAUGAUCGUGGGUGUAUGGGCGCGAUUGAAUUUCGAUGA